AUGGCAGCUGCCCCGCUAGAGAGCUCCAACAGCACUCCCCUCCCUCCUCCUCUGCCUGCUGCGCUUUCGUCUCCAGAGUCCUCGCGCGAGCAGCAGAACAGCGGGCUGAUGGAAGGAGAGCCCGACGACAUCCCUCCCACGACGCGCAAACGGCCUCGUCUGGACAGCGGCAGCGCCGUCUGCGAGUCCCUGUCCGCCCACGAGGCCGCCUCCGCCUCCUCCGCCGCGGCGGAACACAAGAAGCACGAACACGUGCAGGAACAGGAGAAGGAACACGAGCCAGAACAAGAGCCGGUCGAGGAGGCCGCCUCCAAGCUGAACCGUCCUGCCAGUCGUGUCGCCAUCAUCAGCAUGAAGAAGUCGCCAGAGCCCCCCUCCUCCCCGAUGGCCACUGAGCCCACCGAGCCUGCCGAGUUCGAACCCCUCCCAGAACAGGAAGGACCCAUACCCAUGUCUACGCCGGCCUCCUCGGAGGGCCAUCAAGAAGCGUGCAUCGAAGAAUCUUUUGCAGAUCCCUCCGCCGCAGCUGCUACUGCGGCCGCUUCCGCCAAUGCCAUCUCCAUCUCCUCCUCGCCCUCCCAGAGCCCCGAGAUAGAAGUCGCAGAGGUGGAGGAUAUGGACCAAGACCCCGCCGAGUCGAACUGGAGGAUACUUGGUGCUGCCGAUACUGACCCGGACGCUAUGGGGGACCGUCCCACGCCGCAGGAGGUCGUUCAGAUCCAUGACCCCGUCCCUCUGGCGGAGAACUUUCCCCGGCUGCAUGGGAAUCGCGAUAUGCGCGAGAAUAUGGAGGAGAUUGGCGCAUUGAUUGAAAAGGGACAUGCACAUGACGCCGCGGUGUUUAUGGCAGUCAAGAACUGGCUCGACGACGUCAUCAACAUCCUCGAUCAAUUGACAUAUGACACUUUUAUUGAGGAUAGAGACUUUUGGGAGGAUCUACCUGGAAUCAUUGAAUGCUUGCUGCGCAGAACUCAAGACUUGCAAUUCAGCGAUGGUCGCAGCUCAAUCCCGGUGCUGGAAGAGUUCUUUGUCGCGUUCGCUCGCCUUGCCAUGUAUUUGGUUCAUUUGGAUACGGUUCUCUUCACCCACCUGGCCGAGGAACCCGACUUACCGGCUCCCGAUUUCAUGUCAAAGACCUACCUCUCGGCGUUGGGUUGGAUCCUACAGAUCGGCAACAUCCCGUUUACCCGUAGCCUUGAGCGGCUGUACGGCGCUGAAAUCGCCAACAUGGUUGCCCGGGUCAACGACCUGAUUUCUGAUGGACCCAUUGAUGCCCUCCACCAUCUCGCCGCAUUUGCCGCUAGCAUCGUCUCUCUCUUGCCGCGCUGGCCGCAGCUGUCGUCAGCCCUCAUCUCCGUCCUGACCAUUGCCCACAACCUCGUCGAAUCCGGCAGCGAACGCAGGAAGUUUGGAGCGGACCAGGAGCUGCUUGACUCCCCGACGCAUGCACACAUGCUGAAGGAAGCCUACACUCUCUUUCGGGCCGCCGACGAAAAAUACCAGAUGCACAUCAACAAGAAGUCGCCCUGGAUCACGAGCGAGGCCACCGAGUCCAUCUUCCGCUUCAUCUCCUUUGCCUACCUGUCCAUCGCUCAUCAGGAUGCCGAUCUCUGCCGCCAACUAGCGCUCGAUCUAGACAUCCGCUUCCCGGACGAUACCCCUUUCGAUGAGAUGCCUCAGGUCAUGUUCUCUGCUUGGAAAUUCAAUGUCCUGAAGAAACACUUCAUGGAAGGUCGCAUGGAGUUGAGGGUCUAUGGCGUCGAGACCAUGCAGUCCGAACUCGUGGGUGUCUGGCGGCAGUACAUCCAUACAAGCCCCACGGGCGUCGACCACCCGAUCGUACGCUACCUGGUAAACUUCCUCAAGGAGAACAAAAUCGUCGAGUACAUUGUCGGGGUAGACUCUCAUCCACAGCUCAUCAGUCGCAGCGGCAACAUUGUCGGCUUUCUCGUCGUCACCUCCACCUACACCGACCUCGACACUGAUAUCAUCUGGCAGACCGUCACCGACAGCCAGGAUCCACGCACCGUCUCCGAAGUCCUGAGCAUGCUCACCAAAACCUUCCCCAUGCAUCUCCCAUCCUCUCCGGCCUUGCUAUAUCUCUGCUCGAAGCUCCUCGCCCUGCCUCUAAAUCGGUUUGAUGCCCGCGUGAUUGAGUUCUGCGAGCAGCUGAUGCACCAGGUUCGCGAGAAGCACACCGAACGGCUGCGUCUCGAACCCUACGACGCCCUGCACGGCACUUCCCUGCAUGUCGACGCCAUUCCGCUGCGCCUGUGUGUCCGACUGAUCCGCGAGAGCACUGCCGACCCUCAGUUCCCCGUCGAGCAAAAGACCCUCGUGCAACAGUUCGCCAGCGCGCAACUGACCCAAUUCAUUCGGGCCGGCCUGAGUGAAGAAGACAAGCUGGAAAUGUACGAACGAUGCAUCCAAGACAUUGCGGAAAUGAACAGUUUCACCGUCGGCAGUAUCCAGGCUCUGAAUGCCAUGCUGCCGGUCAACGACCCGCAAGAAAUCCAAAAGCUGGCGGUGGACUUUGACCUGACCCGCUUGAUCGUCCUGGAAAUCACGCACACCCUGAACACCCAGCAGAUCGAUUUCACUGACCCCUUUUCUCGCACCGGAUUUCUGUCGAGAGUGCAGAUGCUGAGUCGGAUCAUCGACAAGGCCCCCGACACCAUCACACCCGAACUCAGUGACAUGAUCUGGUCCCAAAUCUUCAUGUCCAAAGCGUUGGUUACCCAGGGAAGAACCGCUCUUUGGGACAUGCUCUGCAGCGUAACAAAUCGCUCGAUGAAGCGCAACCCGUUCCUGGAGCGGUGUAUUCAUGAGUACCUGGGCCAGGUUGCACCGGUAGACUACUCCUUUGAGGUCCUGGCCUUUGCGAAGCAGACCAUCACCUACGAGGUUCGCUUUGACCCGCCGCCGUUUGCUGUGGAUGAUGAGGUCGUGUCGAUACCGGGCAUGGACCGCAUCUGGAAUCUUAUCCUUACCGCCCCUCCCGGUUCCAUUGAAACGGAAGCAACCUCCUUUGCGAUCGAUAUCUAUCUCGAUCACCAGCUCAUCCGCCGGUCAUCGCGCGCUUCCGUGGAAGUAACACACAUUGCCUUGGUGGAUCGCUGUGUCGAUCAGCUCAAGUCGGCCGCCACCAAAUUAAAGGCUUUCAAUGACACCUCGGCUGACAGUGACGACACCUCCAUGACCGUUGUACCGCUCGAUGGCGGGGAAGUGGGCGCAGAGGAGCUCCGGUUCAGUCGAGCGUUACUAUUUCUGCGUCAGUUGCUACAAGGACUUCGGGCUCGACCGCAAUACAGCCCUCCGCAGGGUCCCCCCCCGCAGCUGCCGACUCGACCCGAAAAGGGCAAUUUGAUUGAUAUCCCCUACCAGGCUUUUAGCGGCGGGACACAAUCGAAAGUCCGCACGCUUAGCAUCGGGGACCUGUCCACGGCGAUGGAGUUGGUCGAUCGUCUCAAGCAGCUCACAGGCUUUUCCAAGUUUGACACUAUCUAUGGCGGGCAAAAGAUUGAUCUACAGGAAACACCCCAGGCCACGCUUCGUGACAUGAAAAUUCGAUCAGGCCUACUGAUUCUCCGCAAGACCGCAGAUGCCCACGAAACUCCAGUCGCCGGGAGGCGUCAAUCAUUGAACCCCGUUGACUCGGAGGUGCUGAAGCAUUUCGAUGACCUGUAUGACCUUCUCAACCUCGAAGACCACUUGGCGCGUGAGAUAUACGACUUUCUCGUCGUAUUUCCUCCUCAAGAUCGGGUCCGUGAUCUAGUCAAGUCCAAUGACAAAACCGAGAAAGACAUCUUCCCAUUGGAACAUCCAUAUAACCUGCUCUACUCUGUUCAUGCACUUUCGAUAUGCCUUCGAGAAGCAGCACCCGAGACUAUGCCAAAUGAGGGAUUUGUUUCCCACAGCAUUCAGGUGCUUGUCUCCUGCUUGACACAUCCUCAGAUAUCGGAAUCGCUUGAGGAAAGCCACAUCAAGCUUCUGGUUGCCUGCAAUCUCGUGGAGUGUCUGCUUUUAGCUUUCCUGGUGCGACCACCAGUCAGCGUCGAUCAGGGCAUCGUUUCCGACCCAACCCCUCUGGUUCAGCGAUUGCUCACAUUCAUCGAGACUGGCCGGCGACUGUCCGUAACUAGCCCCUCCGCUACUGGGACGCAAAAGCUCAUCUGCAACUCAUUCGCCAUCUUGGUUGAAGGCUCGGUUCGCGACAACACCUUCUGGAGGACCGUGAAACAGAACACGCAACUUGAUGAUCUCAUUUUCAUGUUGCUGUUGGACGAGCCGAAUUGGGCCAUCCGCAAGGAGAUUGCCGAGAACAUCGCCAUGAUCUGUGGUCCGUCGAACCUGGGCAAAAAAUCUGGCAAAGUCCAAGACGAGGAUGUUCAAAAUUCUGCGGUUGUCGACAAUCCCACACGGAUCGAUAUUCUGGCAGCCAUCUGGGAGGCCUUCGUAGGUACCUUCCCUAAAACUAGUGGCUACGCGCCGCAGUCUCGAGAAUUCUUCGAGGUUGCUCUGUCCGUGUUUCGCUCCGUGGCGGAAAAGUCGCCUGGCGACAUCAUUUUCGGCGAAUACCUCAAGACAUGGAGUGGGAUCAUGCUCAGUCACCGAACCGAGGAAUUUGUUGGCCGUGAGCCUGUGGACUACUUGGUUCUUGGCUUCGCGCGUCUGCUGAGAUUGUGCAUGGAUCUGGCCGAUUCGACCACCAUGCCAGUCGAUACUUUAGAUCUUGUCGAAAAUCUAUUCAACUACUAUCUCUUUCCGGACCUUUCCCUUGCCACCUCCGAACCUAUCAGUCCGCAAAUCCCGGUGAUGCAUACCCAGACUCGUCAAGAGCUGUACAAUAUAUUGAUCUUGCUCUGUAAGCGAGAUGAGAAUUUCUCGAAAAUCAUCGAGCUCUUGGAAGACAUUAUUCCUCAAGACUACACGUAUUCUCUCACAUGGUGCUUUGAUCGCUACAAAAUGAUCAGAUCCCCAGAAGGCUACGCAGGGCUCAAGAACCUAUCAAAUACAUGCUACUUGAACUCUCUGCUUGCUCAGCUGUUCAUGAAUGUUCGAUUCCGAGAAUUCAUGCUCUCGCUCCAGGCAGAGUGCCCGACAUCAUCCCAACUGCUCCUCGAGGAGACGAAGAAGGUCUUUGGGAAUAUGCAGGAGACAUGGCUGAAAAGCGUGGAUCCCCAGGGCCUUGUCGAUACAAUUAGAACAUAUGACAACGAACCUAUCGAUGUCACCGUCCAGAUGGACGUGGAUGAGUUUUACAAUCUCUUAUUCGAUAGAUGGGAAGCGCAAAUCUCCGACGCAGAGAUGAAAAAGAAGUUCCGGUCAUUUUAUGGCGGGCAGCUAGUCCAGCAGAUCAAGUCCAAGGAAUGUCCGCACAUCUCGGAGCGCCUGGAGCCCUUCUCCGCCAUCCAGUGCGAAAUCAAGGGUAAAGCCAGUUUGGAAGAAAGUCUUCAAGCAUAUGUCGAGGGCGAAAUCAUGCAAGGAGACAAUAAGUAUUCCUGCACCUCAUGUGGACGCCACGUCGAUGCGGUCAAGAGAGCUUGUCUGAAAGAUAUUCCUGACAACUUGAUCUUCCAUCUAAAACGGUUUGACUUUGAUAUGGUCACGAUGAUGCGCAGUAAGAUCAACGAUGAGUUCCAAUUCCCGGACCGAAUCGACAUGCGUCCUUUUACCGUUGAGUAUCUUUCCGAUCCGACUUCCGACCUGCCACAGGAUGUGUUCGAACUCGUCGGUGUACUGGUUCACAGUGGCACUGCCGAAUCGGGCCACUACUACUCGUACAUUCGAGAGCGUCCGACUGCCGAUGGAAGAGGGUCAUGGGUUGAGUUCAAUGACUCGGACGUCAGCCGAUUCGAUCCUUCCAAAAUCGCUGAUCAGUGUUUUGGUGGUUCCAAUGACCCUUUGCAAUCUGCGGCCAUGGGCCAGAUGCGGUACCACAAGGUCUGGAGCGCCUACAUGUUGUUUUACCAGCGAGUCUCCAGCAUGGAGACGGCCAAGGAACCCAACGGCCCGAUUCCCAAUAGUAUCCCCGUGCGGGUGCCAUUGCCGGUAGAGCUGAGAAACCACAUCGCGAUGGAGAAUGAGGUCUUUAUUCGGGCGUACUGUCUUUUGGAUCCACAUCAUGCUUUCUUUGUGAGAUACCUGCUUUCGCGAGCAAGGGACGUGAUCAAAUCCGGCGACCUCAGCACAGGCAAGUCAGCUGUUUUCGUCGCGUUAGAUACAUUGGAACAGCUCAUCUCGCGGACGCGGGAGCCCAUGGAACUGGAUAACUUGGCUACGGAGCUGCUCCGGACCGUCAACGAAAGCCCACAAGGAGCCUGCAGGGUUCUUGAAUGGGUGACGGAUAAACCAGACGGAAUCCGCAACCUGGCACUCAAAAGUCCUCAUGCCGCCGUGAAAACUAGCUUUUCCAGGAUUGUCGUCUCGGCACUCGCGCGUUUACAGAAGGCAGAGCAAUCAAGCGUUAUUGGAGAGGCCGAGCAGGAGGAAUGGCGUGUCCGAUUUAUGAAUGCGUUUGAGAGCAUUGUUGUGAAGCUUGAGAGCUUGUGGCCUAUUCUUCACACAGUGAGCCGGUCGUGGGACGACUAUUUCGACCUCCUACUGUUGCUUUGCGAUUUUGGAAUCCAAGAAGCUGGAGUCAUCCUUGACAGCGGCUUCCUAGUCAAGGUCUUGGAGAUCAUCUGGCUUGAUCGAGAAGAUGCGAAGAAGCUGAAACGACACUACCUAGCAUACUACAAGUUGGUGGAACGGGGCCGCAGAUUCUCGUAUCGCAAGAUGAUGGAUUUCCUGAUAUCUCUGCUUGGGAACAUUGAUCUGACGCUCCCCGUCACAGCAAGAUAUGGGACGCCGCGUACCCUUCAAGAUGGAAAAUACUCCCUGAAUGAGGCCGAAGACGCUCUCAUUCGACCGCUCGGCCGUAAUCGCGAGCUGGUCUUCUUGAAGAAAGUCGUUCAGCAGCAGAGCAAUCCGCCGGCCUGCAGAGCCAUUGUAAGCUGGCUUUUGAAUUGGGAGCCAGACAGUGAUCUGACCGAUCCGAUAUGCAAAGCCCUAGAAGAAGGGCUGCGAGUAGCCCCGGCUUCUCUCUGCACCCCCUUCCUCGAAGGGACGCUGGUCUUUUGCCGGCGAAGCCCUGACGAGCUGCGCAUUGUGGAAAUGAUUGACUUCGUUGCCAAGGGCGUGGAAUCGAUCAACAACAGUGGAGGCAAGGAGCAUCUCACGUUUUUCACCAGUCUUAUGGCCAGUCACAACGAGAGAAUCGGGCGCGAUGAACGAUGGUUCUCGACACAGGCCAUGGAAAAGGUCCCGGACUGGGCACCCACGUUACUCAUCUAUCCCGAGAAGACCCUCCGGGCCACCACCUUUGAGAUCCUCCGGGAUGUCUUGUUUGGUAGAGAGUACCAGGACUCGACGGAAGACUGGCCUGCCAAGCAGGCAAGUAUCGCAAGGGAGCUUGCCCGAACCUGCGUCGAUCGACUGCAGAAAACGUACCUGGUCAAUCCUGGCCAGAAUAUCGAGGCCAGAGUGGUUGAGACAAUCAACAUAGUUCUGACGCACUGUCUGGAUACAUACUUUGAUAAGGAAAGUGAGGAAGAUCAAGACUUUGUUCGACAAGCUCAAGCCAUCACCGCAGCUAUCGACGAGUUGUCGGUCGAUUUGCCCGAGGAUCUAGUUUCCGAGUCUGAUUUCCCCUCACCAGAAGAAUGGGAAGACAACUCGCUCAUGGCGAGUGAUUCAGAGAUUGGACUAGCUGGAUCUCCAUGA